AUGGCAGAGAAUAAGGCAGGCGCUCCAGCAGCUAACAUGCUCUGGGGAGGCCGGUUCACAGGUGCAAUUGAUCCUCUCAUGUAUAAGUAUAAUGCCUCCAUCAACUACGAUAAGGCUCUCUAUAAGGAGGACAUCCUCGGAUCGAUCGCUUUUGCCCGGGCCAACUCGAAGGCUGGCAUUAUUAGCGAAGACGACUUCCAAGCGAUUGAGCGUGGUUUGCUCCAAGUGAUGGAGGAAUGGAAGCAAGGAACUUUCGCAAUCAUGCCGAACGACGAAGAUAUCCACACCGCAAAUGAACGUCGCCUAGGGGAGGUCAUCGGCAAGGACAUCGCGGGUCGGCUGCACACGGGGCGCAGCCGCAAUGAGCAAGUUGUCUGCGAUAUGCGCAUGUGGCUACGCGAUCGAAUCCGCGAAAUCGACGCCCAACUUGUCGCAUUUCUCAAGGUCAUUAUCGCCCGCGCCGAGUCUGAGAUCGACUACAUCAUGCCAGGAUACACCCACCUCCAGCGCGCCCAACCCAUCAGGUGGGCCCAAUGGCUGAUGGCGCAUACCGCUUCGUUCAAGCAAGAUCUCGAGCGACUCCGCCAAGUUUUCGAAAGGGUCAACCUCAGUCCACUUGGCUGCGGCGCUCUGGCUGGCAAUCCCUUUGGAAUUGAUCGAGACUCAAUAGCUCAGGAGCUUGGUUUCAGCGGAAUCACCUUAAACUCUAUGAACACAAGCGCUGAAAGGGAUUUUAUUCUCGACUUCCUAAUCUUCACGAGCGUUUUCACCAACCACAUCAGCAGGUGGGCUGAGGACCUUAUUCUUUACUCAUCCUCUGAGUUCUCUUUCCUCCGACUGGCCGACGCAUACAGUACGGGUAGUUCUUUAAUGCCAAACAAACAUAACCCCGAUAGUUGCGAGCUUUUGCGCGGCAAGUCAGGGCGUUCUUUCGGUCAACUGGCUGGGUUGAUGAUGACUAUGAAAGGCCUGCCAUAUUGCUAUAAUAAGGAUGCCCAGGAGGGAUGGGAACCUAUGCUUGAUGCAGUUGAGACUGUGUCUGAUAGUCUCGGCAUAGCUAACGGUGUCGUCUCUACACUAAAGGUGCGACCUGAGCGGAUGCAGGCUGCUCUAGAUAAAACGAUGCUAGCUACUGAUGUCGCGGAGUGGCUGGUACGAAAUGGAUGCCCGUUCAGAGAAGCUCACCAUAUCUCUGGACGUGUUGUUGCGCUGUCUGAAAACUCUGGGGUUUCAAUGGACAAGCUAACACUGGAGCAACUGCAAGCUAUUGAUCCGCGGUUCACAGCGGGCAUUGCGGAGGCAUUCGAGUACGAGUCGAGUGUCGAGGCGAAAUCGUCUAAAGGCGGUACUAGUCGGUCAGCUGUGCUGGAGCAGAUCCAGGUUAUUAAGGCUAUGUUAGAUUAG